AUCAUCAUCAUAGCGAGAGGAGAGGUAGAAACGUAUCGGUAGCCGGUAGGUGCAGGCUAUGAUCAUAGGUUAUCCCUCUAGGAAAAGUAGCCUACACUAUCGUUUCAACAUGCUUUUCUCAUGUAUGAUAACAUUAUACAAUGAAUUAGGUAUAUAUUUUCAGGUAUAGAUAGCCUAACCGUUUAACGGCGCGCUGUUACCAUGGCAAUGUCAGCUCUAACCGGAUUCUCCGUUGUCAGUUUGUUCAGUCUCGGCUACCUGUCGUGGGACUGGAUGAGCCCGAACCAGGUGGAGAACGAAUCCGUUACGAACUUUCGACACCGUUCGCCGGUACCGCAUCCCCCACACAUAAUCUUCAUCAUGACGGACGACCAGGGAUUCAACGAUAUUGGUUACCACGGCUCGGACAUCCAGACACCAACGCUUGAUAAGCUAGCAGCAGACGGAGUGAAGCUGGAGAACUACUACAUCCAGCCCAUAUGCACUCCGUCCCGCAGUCAGCUGAUCACCGGCAGGUACCAGAUCCACACUGGCCUGCAGCACUCCAUCAUCCGCCCCCGUCAGCCCAACUGUCUUCCCUUCGAUCAGGUCACCCUUCCCCAGAGACUACAGGAGGCUGGCUACUCCACCCAUAUGGUGGGCAAGUGGCACCUGGGCUUCUACAAGAAGGAAUGCCUGCCCACCCGCAGAGGCUUCGACUCCUACUUUGGCUCUCUGACGGGCAGCGUGGACUACUACACCUACAAGUCAUGUGACGGCCCAGGUACGUGUGGGUUCGACCUCCACGAGGGGGAGACGGUGGCGUGGGGUCAGGGGGGGAAGUACUCCACCCAUCUGUAUACUCAGAGGGUGAGGAAGAUCCUGGCAGCCCAUGAUCCCCAGGCCCAGCCUCUGUUUAUAUACCUCUCCUUCCAGGCGGUGCACACACCACUCCAGUCCCCGCCGGAGUACAUCUACCCAUACCGAGGCCUCGGCAACGUGGCCAGAAGGAAGUAUGCAGCCAUGGUGUCGGCUGUAGACGAGGCGGUGAGGAAUGUGACCUACGCCCUCCGCAAGUACGGCUACUACCAGAACAGCGUCAUCAUCUUCUCCACUGACAACGGAGGCCAGCCCUUCUCUGGGGGCAGCAACUGGCCUCUCAGGGGGCGUAAGGGCACCUACUGGGAGGGGGGCGUGAGGGGGUUGGGCUUCGUCCACAGCCCCCUGCUGAGGCGCAAGAGGAGGGUGAGUAAGGCCCUGGUGCACAUCACUGACUGGUACCCCACACUGGUGGGGCUGGCUGGGGGGAACGCCUCACUGACGGAAAAGCUUGAUGGGUAUGACGUGUGGGGGGCCAUCAGUGAGGGGAAGGAGUCCCCACGGCUGGAGAUCCUCCAUAACAUAGACCCCCUCUAUAACCCGGCCCGGAGCGGCUCCCUGCAGAACGGCUAUGGCAUCUGGAACACGGCCAUCCAGGCCUCCAUCCGGGCCGGGGACUGGAAGCUCCUGACUGGAGAUCCCGGAUACGGAGACUGGACCCCACCCCAGAUGCUCCCUGGUUUCCCCGGCAGCUGGUGGAAUCUGGAACGCCACCUAGAACCUCAGAAGUCUGUGUGGCUCUUUAACAUCAGCGGAGACCCCUACGAACGCUACGACCUGGCAGAGCAGCGACCGGACGUGGUCAAAGAGCUGCUGGCACGGUUGGUGUUCUACAACCGGACGUCGGUCCCUGUGCGGUACCCCUCGGAGGACCCCCGGGCCGACCCGGACCUGAACGGGGGUGCGUGGGGACCCUGGGCGGGGGACGAGGAGGACGAGCACUGGGUCGGGGUCUACCACAAAAAGAGCAAGGACAGAAAGAAGAAGUACAAGCUGUCCGAAACCAAAUCCUUCUUCAGAAGACUUAACACUAGGAUCAUGGCCAACCGGAUAUAGGAGCUGCUUCAGUCUUAAAGCUCCCUAUAGCGACAAUGUGGAACCAGACUGUUAAAUCAAUGACUUUGUUUACACUCCACAACCUGUGUGUUUCUGUAUGUCUUCUUGUGUAAACAGUGGCUAUCUGAUUUGUGAUCAGAAUGAGGUCAACUAUGGAAUCACAUGUUGUACACUGGGCAGAGCUAAGAGUUUGAGUUGAGUUCAACUACACACACCUCACACAACACCUGUGACAGUAGGUCUUGCUGUAUGUAUAUUUCUGCUGAUAAAAUGAGGACUCAGUACCCUAUAGACCUAUGGAUGAUUUAUCCAUUGUCCAUUAUACUGUAGGAUAGUUGUUGAUAUAUAAAUGGGGUAUGUCAGAUAUUGCAUACUUUUCUUUUAGUGUUGGAGAAUCUCUUGAGAAUUACCUAAUGAAAUAUGAAUAAAUGUGAAAAACAUUACACAAAUGACCUUUCUGAGGUAGAUCCAGGAGUUCAGACCAAUGGGCCUUCAUCUCAUUACACUGAGCUUUGUGGACCAGACACAUCAAUGUGAUUACUGAGGGAACAUUGCCCUCUGAUGGAAGUUAAGAGAAGCUACAUUUUUAUACCACCAUAAAGUUAACCUCUUCUCUCACUUCCCUUUCAAGUCAUUCCAGUAGAUCAGAAGUGAACCCACUCCAAUCUAUAGAGAGUGGUGGCUGCUGAGGGGAGGACGGCUUAUAAUAAUGGCUG